UGCGAACAGUCAGUUGAUGUGGAUGUAUUGUUUUUCCAAACGGACAUUAAUUUUUAUCGCAUAUUGUUGCUGCAACAGAUCACUUGUUCAAUAUUCACACCCAUUUUACUGUUUGAAUAAACAGCAGAUAAGAUAAGAAUGUCAGAUACAACGUUUCUGUGAACGGAAUAUACCUGGAAAGUGACAGUGAAAACGAAAAAUCAUCAUCAUCCACUGGUUCGUUCGGUGUAAUGUCCUAAAACUGCGAAUAUUCAGUUUACAUAUUCAGGUGACAUGUUGUGAAGUUCAACAAUGGAUUUGCCGCGAACAUCGAAUAGCAGGCGGUUAGACGUUAAUGAUGAACUUGUUAUCGACGGUGUACUAUCAACACAACCUGAAUUGGGGCCAAGCAUACCCGAUGGAGGAUAUGGAUGGAUUAUAUUUAUUGCCACACUAUUCUUCAAUAUUAUGAUCCACAGUUUGCCCGUAAGCUUUGGAGUGUAUUUGUGCUAUGCAAAAAUUUAUUUAACUGUAGAUGAUAAACGACCCUAUUUAUGGGACGAUACGUUCGUAUACGUACCGUUGUUUUUCGCGUUCAGUUGGACUUUAAUUGAACCCUUGUCUCGCAGCCUCGUUCAAAACAGCACUUGGCCUCGACUUGUUGCAACGGCAGCCACCUGCGUGACCUGCGCGGGAUUGUUGUUCGUUUGGAUCGCUAGUACGGGCAGGAAGGAAACAUGGCUCUUCAUUUUAGGCGGCUUUCUCGCCGGUGCAGGGGCUUCAUUACAACUAGCCCAGUGCGAAAUCCUAGUAGCUCAAUAUUUUAGACUGAAACUCACUUUAUUAGUACAUAUAACAAAUUCCAUUGUCGUUAUUGGAUACAUACUUACCCCAAUAAUUUUAAGAGACCAUCUACUAGAUAUGAGUCUUGGUCGCGUAAUCCUGUGGUACCAGACUAUAUUAUUGCAAGGUCUUAUUGUCUCCCUAUGUUUCAAAAAGCCUUUGUAUCUGAAAUCCAAAAAAACUCACUACAAUUACUUACAGGCCAAUCCGGAUGAUGAGGAGGACAUUUACUCAAAAGACGCCAAGGAGUUGCAAAGUAAACAAGAGAACGAGGCUGCAACAGAUUCUUCAAAAACUGAUGCAAUCCCAAGUACCAGUGGUCGCGUCAACACUAACGAAGGUUACAUGCAAAAUUGGGAAAAGUUCGAUGAUGAUAACGACGAUGAUGAAGAGGAAGUAAAAUACGAUCCCUUACGUAAUCCCUUUGCAACUGAUAAUCACUCAGAUAAAGAAGCUGACCAGAAACCAAAAUCAAAUUGGAAAACUUUCAAAAACGAAGAAAAUAAAGGUCAGCACAAUACUGUAAAUCUGCAUGACGAACUUCACUACGCUAAUGCAAACAGCAAUAUGUAUUCGUCGAACGUGCCAGUGCCUUUAUUUUCCGACCUGCCAUUAAAUAAUAAUAUAACAUACGCCUUCGAUGAUGGUGGUGCCAACGAGCACCCUGUUUCGAAUGUGUUUUCUCCAAAUGUAAAAGCAAAUCAAAGUUUUUUUUCGAAGAUGCAUCUAGAGUUGUUGAAACAACCUACGUUUUACAAGUCUCUGUUGAUGAUUACCACCACGAAAUUUUCACAAUUUGCAUUUUACACCAUGUUUCCGUCUUAUAUGUAUCAGGAAUUGAACAUGCAUUUUAGAACGUGCAUUGGCGUAUUAAGUUUCAUAUCAGUUUGUCCAUUAGUGUUCUCUUUUUUCACAUAUUGGAUAAACAUCGACAAGCAAAGACGACCUCUGUGUCUAUGUGUUCUUUGCUGGUUAGGUGCUUUUGGAUAUAUCUUAAUAACAGAAUCUGUAAAUAAAUAUACGUUCGAGGCAGCAGCUGCAUGUGUUGCACUGAGUAUUGCAGCUUUAAAUUUCGUGGGAAAACCAUUGAUGGGUUUGACCCAAAGGGGUGAACAAAGUAAGGAAUUAUUCUUAAUCAGUUUACUCGCCGGAUCUGCUUUCCUAAUCUUCCUUGUUUUUGAUAUACGUCUUAGAGUGUUCUUCCGGUUCAUGGCGUUGCUUCAUUUUGCCAAUGGAUCAAUAUGGUUAUCUAAUUUUGUAUUUAAAAAAAUUAAAUUAAUUUUAUUUUAAACAGUUAAGUUGUA